GUCAGGAACCACCGGCCAGUACAUUUUGAACGUUCGCGAAGUCGAGACGCAUCGCUCGUUCGUUCGGUUACUACGAUGUUGUUUGAAAUAAAGAUGACGUCUCUAUCAACCAUUUUGGCUAUAGCUGUUUUACAUGUGUGCUACGUACGAGGACAGUUGCAAUGCAAGACGCCGACAGGCCGUAACGGAAAAUGUAUAGCGGUAACUGAAUGCCCAGCGCUGAUGGCGCUUAUACAGAAGACAAAUAGGACCACUGAGGAAUUUAAAUUGUUAAGGGAAUCCCACUGUGGGUUUAAUGAACAAAAUAUGCCAAAGACAUGCUGCGAGACAGUCGUGGAUCAAACAGAUCGUAGAUGCUUCACACCAGACGCGAACAUCGGAACGUGUGUGAGUUUACACUCGUGCCCACAACUGAAAAACUUAUUACAACCACCGAUCACUGCAGAAAGAUUGGCCUUCGUACAAAAUUCUAGGUGCGAAGGUCCUGAACAGUACAGCGUCUGUUGCGGGCCCGAAAUCAACAACGUAACGAGACCAUCUAGAAUAUGCGUGCCCUCCGUAGCACCUCCCGACCCUCGAACCGAAUGUUGUGGACUGGACAGCUCGAGCGGAAACAGAAUAUUUGGUGGAAAUGAAACCGCAAUAGACCAAUAUCCCUGGUUGACGAUGCUGGAAUACCGAGGUAUCAAAGAUAAUAAGAUCAAACUGCUCUGCGGAGGAGCUCUGAUUAGUAGCAAAUAUGUUUUGACGGCUGGGCACUGUGUUGUUGGACCAGUAUUGAAAGUUGGUACACCCGUUAACGUUCGUCUCGGUGAAUACGACACGGCCAAUAACGUAGACUGUGUAGAAGUUGAAGGGGGCGGACAGGACUGUAACGAUCCACUUAUUAUAGUACCGAUUGAAAAAAUCAUACCACACAGGGAUUACAACCCCGAUUCACCGCUUAGAAGACACGACAUAGCAUUACUUAGGUUAAAAGAUGAAGCUCCUUAUACCGAUUUCAUCCGGCCUAUAUGUCUACCAAUCAACGACAUCAUGCAGACAACGUCCCCGAAAAUGCUAUUAGUAGCUGGAUGGGGCGCUAUCAGCGAUACCAAGAGUUUCAGCAACAUUAAACUCCACGUGGAACUACCAUACAUACCCUUAAAGGAAUGUCAACUAUCUUACGAAGCUCCAGGUCGUAAAGUAAAAUUAUGGAACGGCCAAGUUUGUGCUGGCGGCGUUGCGGGUAAAGACUCUUGCAAGGGGGACUCGGGAGGACCUCUAAUGUAUGACACCGGGAGGAUACACCAGGUCGUCGGGGUUGUGAGUUUCGGCCCAACACCCUGUGGUUUGGAGAACGUUCCCGGGGUCUAUACCAAAGUUUACGAGUAUCUACCCUGGAUACGAAGUCAAAUGAAACCUUGAUUAAUAGAACAGUAAAAUAAUAAUAAAAAGUAAUUAAAUUGUUUAUAUAUUUAUA